AUGUCACAGGACACCAUUAACCAGAGCUGGGCCUAUAAAGUGUUCAACAUCCAGAAUUUCUACUGCAGGUGGACCAUCCGCAACUUCCGUUUUAUUCUGGAGGAAAUGAGGGACAGUAUUAGAAGCCCAAAUUUCUCAAUAGGAGGCGAUGACAAAUGGUGUUUGAGAGUUCACCCUAAGGGCGUCGAUGAAGAAAGCUCAGAUUACCUGUCAGUUAACCUAGAGUUGCUCAGGUCUCCAAAGAGUCCCCUUACGGCACGGUUCAAGUUUUGGAUCAUCAACGCCAAAGGAGAAAGAUACGAACCUGUGACUACCCCAAAAGACUGUAGUUUCCUGCCAGGCUACCAAAGCGGUUUCAAAAUGUUCAUCCUUCGAGAUUUCCUCUUGGACCAUUCUCAUGGGCUUCUCCCUGAAGACCAGUUCACCCUCCUCUGCAUGGGGAUCCUGGUCCCGUACUCCUACAGUAUCCCUGACGAGAGCACGGAGCAGAGAAUCCAGGUUCCCAAAGGCCCAUUAGGAGAUGAUCUAGGAAAGCUGUGGAAGAAUUCCAGCUUCACAGACUGCUGCCUGGUGGUAGCGGGCCAGGAAUUCCGGGCUCACAAAGCCAUCUUAGCUGCUCGCUCUCCAGUUUUCAGAGCCAUGUUUGAACAUGACACGGAGGAGAGCAGAAAGAAUCGCAUUGAGAUUCAUGACCUGGAACCUGAAGUCUUCAAGGCAAUGAUGGGCUUCAUUUACACCGGGAAGGAACCUGACCUCCACAGCAUUGCAGAUGCUGUGCUGGCAGCUGCUGACAAGUAUGGCCUGGAGCGUUUGAAGGUCAUGUGUGAGAGUGCCCUCUUCAGGGACCUCACUGUAGAGAAUGCUGCCCACACUCUCUUCCUAGCUGACCUCCACAGCACACGGCACCUGAAAACACAGGUGCUGAAUUUUAUUACAGCUCAUGCCUCCGAGGUCUCUCAGACUGCAAGCUGGAAGACAAUGGUGGAUUCAUACCCUCACUUGGUGGCUGAAGCAUACAGCUCCCUGGCUUCUGCUCAAUGCAAUCUACCGGAGCCCCCUCCCAAACGCCUGAAGCAAUCCCAGGACCCUGUCACCUGUGUCCUACAUUUGUAUCCCAGAAGCAGUGGUCACUGA